AUGCUACGUUGUACGCCAUCUUUUCGACAGGUGCUGCGUGCGACGGCACUCAAGCUUAACUUCUUCCCGCUUGGGUACACAUGUGGCCCAAAGAAUAAACAGGUACUCUUCCCGCCAAACAACCUGGAUGGGCGGAUGACGCAUCACAUGAAGAAGCUGCAGGGAUCAACGGACAAGCACCCCGGCUUGGUAUCACGCAACAAGCUGAAAUUGCAUUGCGAGUGCUGCCGCUUUCAUUGGGUUCAGGACACGCUUGUCGUGCGUUGUCCAGCGAAUCCAAAGGAGCACAAUCAGCGCGAGAUUUGGCUAGAGCCGACCUGGACUUGGGGAAGGCAACAGCCAUACCAGUACUACAAGUACAUGCCCGUGAACAUAAACCCACGGACGGGCAUGCCACUUGCUCGCGAGGACGCCAAGGGUAUGAACAACGAGCGCCGGUCGCAGGGUCUGUCAACUAAGACUCGUCUAUUGGAGCGGGAGCGACGAGGCAUAUCGAGGUCAAUCACGAAACUGGGGAUAUACAACCAGCGCUGGCAGACGCGAUUCCCGUUUGCGACGUGA